AGCACAGUAAUAGGAUGUAAAUACCCUAACCCCCUAAAAGAUGAGGUUGAGCCCCAGGUCCAUACCGGGUCCUCUCUCUGCACAAAAUACAGGUGCUCUCGACUGGGGCCCACAAGGUCUCAUCGCGUAUGGGUCUCACAACUCCGUGGCGGUGGUUCAUGUUGAGUCUCUUCAGUUGCUCCAGGUCCUAGCUGCUCACAACUUCAAUGUCUCUACUGUGAAAUGGUGUGGACACAAUCCCUACCACAACUUGCUUGUACCUGUCUCCCUGCUGUUAGCAUCCGGUGACAAGUCUGGCAGAGUCAUUGUGUGGGAGGCACUAAGCGGUCGGAAGGUGAACGAGUUGAUAGAAGCCACUAGAACAUCAGGCAACGUAACAAUGAGCUGGGUCCCCAACACAUUCUUCCUGAUCGUUUUACUGCCUCCCCACAACGUAGUCCUGUGGAAUGCUGCUUCCGGAACUAGGAUCUGGAAACAAACUUUUGUAGAUCCUAUGUACUCCUUCUCUUUAGACCCGUUUGACGAAAGUAGGCUAGUGCUGGUUAGCGACAACUCCCUGAUCUUUGUAAAUGAUCUAGACCUCUGUAAAACCCCAAACAGCCACCCUAAGAAAUACCAACUAGCUCUGGGUAACAAAGGAAGAUCUGACUCCCUGCAACCCAGUAUUACCGGGGACUACCACCCUCAUUCCAACAGCAUGCAGGGUUUAAUAAAAGUGGUGCACUCGCCCUACUGUAGAAACAAGCUGCUACUCCUCUACCCAAGACAGAUCACUAUAAUAGAUCUGGAGCUCAUGCACGCUACUGGAUACAUUCUACAGGACCGGGGUUCGUCACAGUUCAUAGACAUGUAUGUGUGUACGAGUGAUAACAUUAUCUACUGCCUACAUGAUAGUGGUGCUAUAUCAAUAAGGAGGUUCAGCGAUAAUGAGACUUAUAAACAGGAGAGCUGUUAUCAGUGUUUGGUGGUAUCGGAGGCAAUGAGGCUGUGUAAGAACGCAAAGCUGAUAGGCUUGCAGGCGAAGCCGUUCACAGAGGAAAAGCUAUUGUUCAUGUUGACAGACGGGAGGAUUGUUGGUUGGAGACUCUUUGACUGUGAUGGUCCUGUUGACUUUCUCAGUGAGGUGCAAUGGGAAGAGGAAGUGAGACUGGUAAUGAUACACAACACUGGGAGUAACAGUUCGCCUCCCUACUCAGCUAAAGUCUGCCCACCUCUCUCCACUAAAAACAGCCAUUUCUACCGCCCACUACUCGCUUUAGGCUCCCACUCAGGAUCUAUACUGAUAGUUGACCUGACGACAACUAAAACAAUAAAAGAGUUCACAUUACACACCUCACCUGUCUGUGGUAUUGAGUGGGUCGCUAACAGACGGAUCAUAUCUUACAGCAACAAUAUCGGUGGUUCUGGGCCAAUAAAGAACGAGCUGUACUACACGGACAUCAACACGGGACGGUACCAGCUUCUGAGGACCACAACUAAAGAUAGGGACGAUGUUCCUAUUGUCGGGAUCAAAGUAUCUUAUCUUCAUCAGUAUUUCAUCGUUUUACUGAAAGACCGACCUUUCGAACUUUGGGACCUAAAGAGUCUUAACAUCAUUCGGGAAAUGCCGGGAAAUUUCCCGCCAGUCACCACUUUGGAGUGGUCUCCCACUCAAAACCACUCCCUGAAGCAUGCUAAGUUCAGUAAAAAAGGAGAAGAGCCAGCAGGGAUAAUAGAACAGGUGACGAAUCCGACUGACGGCCCAAUUAGAGAGCACUUCGUUUUCACUGAUACUGAUGGGGUCGUGUACCAUCUCAUGGUGGAAGGUACCGUGAUAAAAGAAGGUACACGCAUACCACCUGACUCUCAGACUGGGUUGAUCAACAGUAUAGCUUGGAGAGGUGAUUUAAUGGUGUUGGGUGACUCUACUGGACAUCUGAGUUUCUGGGACCUGAAGGCAAGACAAUCAAGACUAGUUCCCACAAGUCGAGGAGCGAUAAAGAAACUCUUGCUAGCUCCGGGAAGAAACACUCAGCUCCUGCUAGUCUUGUUUAAUGAUGGAGUGGAGAUAUGGGACUGUGCUGAAAGUGAGGUCCUGUCGUCUAUCAAGUCCUCUAAGAUUGGGGAGGUUGUUGACGUUGACUGGGGAGCAAGUGAUAGACCGAUUAUUGUUAACGAUUCGGGUGCUGUGCACAUCAUGGAUGUUAACCUGGACACUGCACCCAACCCUGUCACUGCUUUGUCUCUUCAUACCCCCAUUUGGUUACCAUUCAUCUAUAAUCAGAAAGAAAUGAUGAACUUUAAGAUAUACAUUCAACAUAUGGGUUGGCAAGAGAACUGGGAUAUGAAAUGUCCAGCAUCCUGCACUCCGAUAAUUUGGGACUCAAUGUUGCACACCCUCAAACUGAGAGACAAGUUCUCAACCCUCUCUUUUCUGGAGCGCUGUCUCGUCACUGCAGCACUGUACGGAGACAUGGUAGAAUGGAGACUGUGGCAAGUUCUAGCAUACUAUCUUGAUCAGAGCUCGCCUCUCUCAUCAGCUUUCGAUAUAGUCCAGGAUAACCAGAGCUAUCUCAAAGAUCAGACUAAGAGCCUGGCAGUUCAGGAGAAGUGUCGGAGCACUUACUCUCACAGGCAGCACUCUAUUCAUCGGCACAUUCUGUUAGGAAACACGGAUAAACCAGUGCAGUUGUUACUUGAAGUUGAGCAGGACUCUCCUAACUUCUAUCAGGAUUGUUUGAGAGCUUCUCUUAUUUCCAGCGUAUCUGACAGCGAGUACACGGUGGACAGUGACACGACCUACUUGAGCAGCAAGCUGAGUAGCGGUCCCCAGCAGCCUCUUGAGCGAGUGGCACAAAGUACAAUAAAACUAGUGGCUACAAACCUGAUAGCAAACGAUCACCUGCUCGAGGGAUGCCAGCUGCUAUGUCUUAUCAAGAAAGCUGUCGACGCUUGCAGGUAUAUGCAGAACUUCCAUCACUACAACGAGGCUAUAUGGCUCGCUAAAGUAGCUCUGAGCAGAGAUGAGUAUUUCGAGGUAAUGAAGUACUACAUAGACCUGCUGGUCAACAACGGAUCCAGACAUCUGGGUAUACUGCUGGCUAUAUCACUUCACUAUUUCGAUAAAGCAGCCGAGAUUCUUCUUGCUACCAAACUUGUCACUAUCGCAGCUCCACUAGUGGAGUCGUGUAUAGAAGCAGGAAAGUGGCCGGACACCGGCUCUGACAUUAAAGACAGGGUAUUUGUAGAGUAUGCUAAGUACAUGGUGUCCCUGAACAACGUGGAACUAGCCCUGAAGUACUGUGAUAUGGGAGGGGAGAAGGGGAAACAGCUGGGGGAGGAACUCAGAAUUUGUGCUCAGUAAAGUUUGAUAAAACAGAUGGACAGAAAGUUAAAAGAAAACAGAAAUAUAAAGGAAAAAGAAGGUGAAAAGUCUGAUUUCCGGAGAGGUAAGUGCAGAACAAUUUUCAGUUUAAAUAGCAAGGACUCUAUUUUAUAAAUUGGAGCUGACAGUGCAGUUUGCAAUUGCAAUCUUACAAAAUGAUUAAUAUUUGGGACUUAAGCUAAAACUUAAAUGUAUUUCACAGUUUUGAUACGCGAGUUAUAUAGCAUAAGUUGUAUAGUAUCUUUGAAAGAAUUAUGAAUUUCGCUUCAAUUGGAAAUUGAAAUUCACGAAAAUUAUUGUGAUGUAAUGCCCUCAAAAGCAAACUACUGUAUUUAAUUGAUAUGACCUACGUUUUGAGUGUUGCUGAUUUUGGUAUUCGUAUUCAUUUUGACUGAUUUAUUUUGAAUGUUUAAUUUUA